CCUUAUUUGCACUCAGAUAUUCUUAUUUUCACACCAGUCUGUCACUGAAUUGAAUGGAAAAACACCGCAUGGUAACCAAAAAAUACACAUGCUAUGAACAAACGGUUGACUGGUAGUCUUCGUUCGCUUUUGUGCACAGACUAAUUGUUUUAAGGUUCAUUAAUUCUGGCUCCUAAUGAACUUGACUUGAACAGCCCAGUUAAGUAUAACACAUUAUACCAUCAGUCUGACUGCAUCUCAUGAUGCGGGUGAUUGGUCCUCAUGCAGUCAGAUGUUGGAGAGCUGGUGUUUGUCCUGGAAUCACCUCUAUGUACACAUCUGAGCUCCUGUUUAAAUAGUGAGACUGCACCUCACUUUAACACUGUCUGGGCUUUACUUUGCUGCCGUUAAGAUCUAUAGGUUUGAAUGUUCUCUGGUAUAAUUAUUGAAGGACAGGUGCCCGUCAGGUGUAACAAUGGGCACCAGAGAGCAGCUUUAAACUAAAGAAAUGCCGAUAAGAACUAGUGCUGACACUGGCUGCUCUGUAUGCACCUCUAAACAAACCUACCUGUGUUUCUGUCUCUAUAAUGUAAUGAGUGUCGUGCGUCUGCGCGCUACCGCGGCUCCAAGAAUGAGGGACGUUGGAAAAAGUGGGCGUUCCGGAGGCGCGCACGCGAUGCAUGCUCUCUGUUAUAGUGGAGCAGCUCGUAAUAAGUAAAUGACCUUAUCUUGGCGUAUUGGUAGUCUAAUGAUUCACCGGUGAGGGACUGGGGAUUUGGACAAAAUAAAGGUAUACUUCUCCCGUCUCUUGCCACUCGGACGCUGAUGCAUUGGGACGCCGGCCUGAGCCCCACACACUCCCUGCAUGGUCCACGGCGGGCGGAUGAACACCUGUAGCUGGGUAGUAGGCUAUCCAACAAACCGGUGGCUCUGAUCCAUGUGGAGUUCAUUAUUUCCACCCUGAUGAUCAGUGCGGUCCCACAUGCGAUGUCAGUUUGGUGAACUUUUUUUGCUCAGAGGGGAUCUGUAGCUGGAAUCCGCUGCUGGAGUUCAGGAUUCUGCUUAACUAGUUAAGAAAGGUAUACAAAUGCUCUCCGUCCAGCCGGACACCAAGCCAAAAGGCUGUGCCGGCUGCAACCGGAAGAUCAAGGACCGCUACCUGCUGAAGGCCCUCGAUAAGUACUGGCACGAGGACUGCCUCAAGUGUGCCUGCUGUGACUGCAGGCUGGGCGAGGUGGGCUCCACACUCUAUACCAAAGCCAACCUCAUCCUGUGCCGGAGAGACUACCUACGGUUGUUUGGUGUAACAGGGAACUGCGCAGCCUGCAGCAAGCUAAUUCCAGCCUUUGAGAUGGUCAUGAGGGCCAAGGAGAACGUCUACCACCUGGACUGUUUCGCAUGCCAGCUCUGCAAUCAGAGGUUUUGUGUGGGAGACAAGUUUUUCCUGAAGAACAACAUGAUUCUGUGCCAGACAGACUAUGAGGAGGGGCUGAUGAAGGAGGGCUACGUUCCCCAGGUCCGCUGACCCUCAGGCCAACACAUAGGAAAAGGAGGAGGAAGAGGAGGAGUGGGAGAAAGAGAGAGACUGAAGGAGCGCUUGCAAUCACACAACAAAAAGCACUAUUGCCUCCUGUCCAGCUCCUGUCCCCCACAUGUACAUAAUGAAGCAAGCCUCCAUGGGAGGGGAGACACUCUGCUGUACAGAAUAGCCAUAGAGACUGCAGUGUGGCAGGGAAAGGCCCUGGAAGCCUACAACAGACUACAAGUAUGAAAUAAAAAGUUUGUCCAUUUGUUUGUUUGUGACUGACGGAUGCUGCCUCUUUUUUCCUGGCGAACAAAACACCGGCCUCAGAGCAAUUUUUUACCAACAGCUUCUCCUGGUUGUUGGGGAAAAAAAUUAACCUGCCCAAAUGCAGUCUUGUCUCAUCUUAUCUGACAAGGUGUCCCACCUGACUGCACAGGCCAACAACUUCUACUUGAAUCUAAAAUACACUGAGGUAUUGUCAAUCAAUGUAAUUUUGAGAUAAAGACCUUUUUACUGUAUGUUAAAAAAAAAACACUGCGAAUGUAAAGUGAA